AAAAAUUUGCCUCUGAUUUAACAUUCGGUUUAAUUGAAUUGUUUUUAAAGCUAAACCAAUGUUUGAUAAUUGUUCUAAAUUCAUCUUAAUUGGCCGAUAAAAGGACUCGCUGUUGUUAUCUGAUUAGUUAAUUCCAUGAAAGAAACAAUAAUUCCUCUGAGUCAAUAAUCAAUUGUCCAUUUAUCGAUAGAUUCUCAUUUACACUUUUUCCUUUUUUUCUUAGUGAUGUGAUUAUGUGAUUUAACUUGUUCAAUUUGUAUUUUCUUUGUUAAUUAGUCACUAAUUAUAAGUGUCAACACCGUCAUAUCUCCUUUAACUGUGUACUUGUCAUUUAAAGUUAAUCAUCGAUGAAAAUAAAUAUUUACUUUGUUUUCUUUAACUUAUGAAACUAUGGAACCUAAUUACAUUGGUUAUCGUCCUCCAAGGCUGGUCGACCCUCGGUUAGCUUAUGGAAGGAGUAGAUUUGGUCAAUUCCCAAUGAAUCCAGUUCUCUGGGCUUACAACCACAACCGAUAUUACACCCAACAGUUGAACCACCAUUGGUGAAUCUCGUUGAAACUUUCGAUCAACCAAUUUAUGUUAACUCAGAUGUUCGGUCUCGUUCUCAACAUCAACAACCUCCCCCUUCUUUACAUUCUCAUUCUCAUUAUCCACCACAAUCACAUAAUGAGCAACCUGCUUUAGAGAAUCAGUGGAAUAGUAAUGUUUACCAAUUCGAUUUGAACACCAAUCAGUCCAUGGUCGAUCCAAUUCGAUCGAGACUUACAAGAUUUGCUCAACGUUCCAAAGAGAUGGUAGAAAAUCAAAAGAAAUUGAUUCAUAAGCAAGUGAGACAAUUAGUUAGUGAAAAGAUGGAAGAAGAGAUCUGUGCCUGCUUACCACCGAUCGAAACUUUCACCGGUGUGUCCAAAGUUUGCCGGAGGAAACAUUUCUACGAGAGUCUAGUUAAAGGUGAUAUUCUUUGUGUUGAGGUUACUGCUCACGCAGAAAGUUGUUUAAUUUGUACAGUUCUUUGUAUGGAUGGAGGUAAAAGAAGAGACAUUCACGAUUGCGAGGUAAAAGCUUAUUGUCCUUCGAUUAAUUGUUUGCCUCCCACCGGAUCAAAUUCUGAAGAUGGUUACCAGCCAAAAGACACUCUCAGGGUUGUUGUUGUCGGUUAUAAUGAUUAUGAUCUUAAAAUCAUAGUUUCCAUGAAAGAAGAGCAUUUACCUAAAGAGCUAAAGAAAAAUUUCAAAAUGGGUCCCAUCAAUGAUGAUGAUUUACCAAUACAUUUUAGAAGGCAAAUCGUCAUGAAAAAGUUUGAUUAUAAUGAAAUGCUUCAGGCAACCCUGUCGUUUAACAACCCUGGUGCCUCAUUGUAUCUCGCUCAGUUUUUUGAACUUCCAAUAUCUCAACGAUUCUCAUUCCUUAGAGAUUUCCACAAUGUUACAUAUCCAGAAGAUGAAUAUUUCAAGCAUUUGAGAAAAGUUCAAUCAGCUGAAAACGCUCGACAAAGUGUUGAAGAUGGAGUCAAUUUCUUAAAAGCAGGUAGCUAUUUAGAGUCACAACAAUGUCUAAAUAAAGCAUUACAAAUGGACAGUGACAAUAUCGAUGCUCUCGUCGCUCGAGGCUGUUUAUAUGCCAACACUAAUAGUCUGAUCAAAGCGGCCGAGGAUUUUGAUAAAGCUUUGUCCAUAGAUCCGGAACAUAUCAAUGCAAGGAAAUACAUGAGUGAAACUUUACAAGAAAUGGGAAAACUAUUUGAAGAGAAAGGUGAUUAUGAUAAUGCUUUGCGAAGUUAUCGUCGAUCGUGCCAAGUAAAUGUUAAAAACAACGAAGCUUUAGAGACUUUGAAAUCGUUAAUUGAAAAGAGAGGAACUCAGAGAAGUAGAUCAACUCAAGACGAGCUUAAAAACAUGUACAAAGAUCUGAAAGAAAAAUCUUAUUAUGAAACAUCUCAUAAACUUACACUACUUUUAGAAGAGGAUAAAAAAAGAGGACGACAAUCAAGACGGAAUAGAUCAUCAUCAUCGUCAUCUUCAUCAUCUGAUUCUUCAAUAAGCUCUACGGAUUCUUCAUCUUCAUCAGCAAAUUCGGACAGUUCGAGUGAUGGAUCCAAGCGAAGAUCUCGAAGGAAAAAGAAAUCGAAAAAGUCUAAAUCGAAAAAGUCUAAACGGCGAAAAGAAAAGAAAAAAAGAAGAGGAAGUAGAGACUCUAUCAGACCCAUUCCCGGAAUAAGGAUUGAAAAAUCUGUAGAACCAUCAAAGGAUAAAAAGUCUAAUGAGACUGUAUCUCGAAAUACUCCAAAAAGGCCAUCACCGAGAAUAUCGUUUACGAUAAAAAAGAAUGAACCAGAAAUUCGGACAAUUAAACUCACCAAACCUUUCUCCGCUUCCUCGUCGAAAGCAUCGCCUCCCAAACGCAAUCCGACAACCGAAAAAAUUGUUUACAAUUUAGAUAAAUUGAAGCCAGUUUCGAUUGAAUUUGUCCGCAACGGACCAAUCGAUAAACCUGUUGAAUCUAAGCCACUUGCAAGGUCACCACCUCGAACAAGAUCUCCACGUAGAAGUUUUGGUAGACUGUAUAUACCUAGAAGAUCUCGAUCACGUACACGAUCACGUUCUCGAUCUCCGUCAAGAAGACGUUCACCAGCUCGAGGUAGAUGGCGAAGAUCACGUUCAAGAGGUCGCUCCCGGUCUCGAUCAAGAGGUCGUUCUCGAUCUCGAUCUAGACCUCGUGCCAUUUGUAGAGCUAUACUCAGCCCAAGAAGACCAAGGGGCAGAUCUCGAUCACCACGACGUCCUAGACGAAGCCCGUCAAAGGAAAGAUCAAAAAGACCAAGUCCAUCUCGAAACUCGGAUAAAACGGCUAAAACAGCCACUCUCACGAAAACAGUAGACGAAGCUAUUAAAAAAGUGACCGAAGAAGCUAAAAAGCUUGAUGCCGUUUUGAAAGAUCAAACGUCCGUUACAAAGACUAAUUGAGAAAUAAUCAUUUUUACUUUUCUUUUUUGGGGCAAAAAAAUUAAUUUUAAUAUCAGUAUUUUCGGUCACAAUCCGUAUUGUAAAUAAUAGAAAUUAAUUCCAUUUUUACCCAUUGUAAAUUCCCUGAAUCGGGCAACACAUUUGACCGCAAGUGUAUUUGAAACAAUUUAAAUGACGAUAAAAUUUGACAUUAACCAUCAA